GCCCGCGUGUAAAACACAGGGUCAUCGCUACAGAAAUUGCUUAAACGUCCCCGCGUUCCUCUCGGUCCCCACUGCGAGUCCGCUGUCGGCGGGGCGGCAUUGCCGUACGCGGUGCUCGACUAAAAGAUUCAGAUAUGUCCUUCAUAUUUGACUGGAUUUACAGUGGCUUCAGUAGUGUAUUACAGUUCUUAGGACUGUACAAGAAAUCAGGCAAACUAGUUUUUCUUGGACUGGACAAUGCUGGAAAAACUACACUGCUGCACAUGCUCAAAGAUGACAGGCUGGGACAGCAUGUCCCCACACUACACCCCACUUCAGAAGAGCUGACAAUUGCUGGUAUGACUUUCACUACUUUUGAUCUGGGUGGACAUGCUCAAGCUCGCAGAGUGUGGAAAAACUAUCUGCCUGCUAUCAAUGGCAUUGUGUUCUUGGUGGACUGCGCAGAUCAUGAAAGACUGCUUGAAUCAAAAGAAGAGCUCGAUUCACUAAUGACAGAUGAAACUAUUGCUAAUGUGCCUAUCCUAAUCCUUGGUAAUAAGAUUGACAGACCUGAAGCCAUCAGUGAAGAGAGGUUACGAGAGAUGUUUGGUCUGUAUGGCCAGACAACAGGAAAGGGCAGUAUACCAUUGAAAGAACUGAAUGCAAGGCCACUAGAAGUGUUCAUGUGCAGCGUGCUAAAGAGACAAGGCUAUGGAGAAGGAUUCCGUUGGAUGGCACAGUACAUUGAUUAAUGCCAAGAUCACAUUAGUGCAUCCUGUCCCAUGUCUGAAUAUUAAGUCUGCUCCUUAUUUGAUCACUCGGUGUACACAACUUGGAUUCAUUUGACUGUUUAGUUAUAAAAGCAUCCAUUUUUACAUAAUUGUAUCUCCUAUGCUAAAUUGUAAGUGUGAGGAUUGAGAAAUUCUUUCAAGCAAGUUUGUAAGUUGAAGUACCACCACGUUAGCUUUCUAAUCCCAUACAGCAUUCUUUUGCAACAUUUAAUUUAACAAGUCUCCAGCACCAUUUUUGGACAGAGCAACUUUCCAGUACAGUAUGUUUGAAUGCACUUUUUAACAGCUAAAAACUGCAAACGUGAGAAAUAUUUAAUGCUUAUCAUGUUAAAUUUUUUUAUGUACUUUUUUGAAACUGGUUUUAUAACUUUAGAGUAUAUAACCAUCUUUCAAGGAAUAAUAAAUAAUUAGCUGAUGGAUAAUUGCAUGAUGCCUUACAGUUUUCAAUAAUAUACUUUCUUAUGCAACGUCAUGCAAUAAAUUUAAAUCCAGUUUUUGGCAACUUUAAUGGAAAAUGUUUCAUUUUAAUGUGUCUUAACUAGUGAGGCUGUCUGACGAUCUGAAUAUGGGGGAUGUUUUCCUGAAGCACAGGAGGCCACAAAGUACUUUCAUUGUAUAUUAGAGAGUAAGCUGUUUCCUUCAGACUACCAAAUUGCAUUUCCUUUAGGAUUUUACAUUAAUGGAACUCUAAUCUGAUGCCCUUAUAACUACCACCUUUAAAAAGUACAGAGCAUGGAAAUCAGUUGUGCCGAUGCAGAUCUUGAACUAAUGUAAAAAGCGGUCUUACUCUGCUGGUACCUUGACUUACACCCCUGAAAUGACACAGAAAUUACAAUUACCAUUAGUGCUACACUGAAUUGUUCUGUUCUUGGUUUCAGUAGAUUUGGAUUCUGCCAGAAGAUUUGUCUGUGACAUUGCCAGAAACAAAAAAAAUCGCUGCUGUCGCUUGUGAAAAUGUGUCAGCCCACCCCUAAUUGGACAGUUUUAUUUUGGUGUUCUGAGUUGGAACAAGAUGGAUUGGUUCCUGCAGUUUUGCCCUGAAGCUCAGUCAGAAUGGCAGUUGUUGCGUGCCCAGGUGGCUUGUUUCUGGGGUCAAAUUCCAUUAUCUUCAGUGCAUGUUUCCAGACUUUUGACUGUUUUUUCCCCACCUCCCAGUGCAUUCGCUCCCUGAGCAGGUUAUUUUCUCCUUUGCUCCCUGAGCAGGUUAUUUUCUCCUUUGCUCCCUGAGCAGGUUAUUUUCUAAGAAGGAGAGGUGAUGCACGUAAAUAUAUGGACAUCUUGUUGACGCUGGCUGACAUUGCCGUGGAACUGAUUUGUGUUUCUGUGUGCAGCAGAUGUAGCUGAUGAAGGUAGGGCUUCAGCCCUGGGAUCGUUGUUUCGCUGCGGUGGGUUUGGCUUUCACUGUGCAGUGUGUUUCUCCUUUGCUCUUCCACUUUUCACAAGGGUGAAAAGUAUUGAACUGCUACAGAUGUUCUUACAGAAUCCCAGGGCUGGGGCUGCUUUUUACUCACUGUUGUCGAUCUUCUCUAAAAUGCUUUAGGCCCUGUUUCUUCAACAUUGGUAGCAGAAAACAAAUUUCUGUCUCUCUUGGUUUCGUACAUAAUUUUCUCUCUUAAACCACCGAGUUUGAAUCUCGUAUUUUAAGCCUGCAGACUUUAAAUGUGAGCCCGUAGUCUCUAAAUAGGCACAUGGUGAGUAAAUAAGGGGUACUCCCCUCCCGGAUCAGGGCUUGUGUGAUUAAAUAAUGAUGAUGGUUUCCCCUCAGUCCAAGGUUGUGCGUCUGAAUCAGAUGAAUAAUCCAUAACCUAACUAAUAUAGACGAUAGCUGGCACUAGUUACAGCACAAUCUUGCAAAAUUUUAAGCAUACUUUGUGCGUGGUGAAGAACAGAAGUGAGGCUGUCAGGUAGAUUGACCAGCAUGAGUUAAUCCUGCCUUUAAACCAGUGCUUUGCUGCAGAGCAGUGCCUCCGCGUUGCACAAGUCAAACUGUAGAUAAGAAAUGUCAUCUUACAGGUGUGUAGACAACAUGCGAGUCUUUGCUCACAUGUUUGGGGAACACAGAUUUUUCCCCACCCCACACGUUUUUCUCAUAAUGGUUAUAAUGCAACAGUGUAAAUAUUCAGAACUGCUUCUUGCAGUCACGUAGCUGUGUUGAAGGGGGAGACUUGGGACUGUGCUGCCUGUGUUGAUGGAAAUGAAGCUGGAAGUGGAGUUGUGCUGCUCUCGUGCUCCUCUGUGGAGUGGGGAGUGCCUGCAGACCCCUUCCAUAGGCUGAGCCAUUCCACGGGUGUUGGAAGAGAGAGGGGACCUCUUCAGCUGCCACUCAACCUACUGUGAAUAACAUGAGCUGUAAGGAGAGGGCUGAUAGUCUUGAGAGCUAAAAAAGACCAGAGGUGAUGCUGCUUUAAAAGUGUGUGUGAAGGGUAAUUCUUAGCGUUACAGAAGUACUCAGAUUUCAUGUUUCAUACGGUGAGAUGCUAGUUUAAAUGUGGUUGUAAUAAGGGCAUGAAGAAAUUUGGACCUUUUGUUUUCUGUCUGGGUAUCGUAAUGGUUCCCGCUGUGGGAACAGCUGAACAACAGUCACCAAUAAUCUCACUGUUCUUUCUGGAGAGGAAAUAUUUCCUCUGUAGUUUACAUUCUGUUGUGCACAUGAAUGUGAAUGGGUGUUGUGUAUCUUUGUGUGAAGACUUUAUUGAUAGAAAAAUACACUCGUGAGAGUUCUUCUGGUGGUUUUCAUCCCCACCACCCCUCCAUCUCCUGUACCUUUAUUUCUGGAGGUUGCUUAUUGCUGUGACUGUGACCAGUCCUACUAACUUACAAAAGAAGCAACGUUCACAUCUGGGUCUGACUUUUGUGAAUUACGUUUGCACUCUUGACUAUGCAGAUUUCAAUUAAGCAUCACUUUAAAGAACGUGAAAAAGAAAAUUCGUUGAUAACUGUUAUUUGUGGAGUCUCAAAUUUGCUUUUGCACCACAACUUUAAGACAAAUGAGUGCAGAUUUCUAAAAUACUAACAACAACUGCAGACAGAACGGCCCAUAUUUCACUGCAGUGACCCCAUAUAGUAGCAUCUGUGAGUUGAAUAACAUUUAUUUUGCUUGGAUUUAAUUAGACACUGGUUUUAGUAUGCACUGUGCAACCAAGGGGCAUUGCUGCAUUUCAGUCUUAGUUUAAUUCAUUUUUGUAGCAACAUUUAUUGGCAUUGGAGGUGGGAAAGAUCUGUGACUGUUCUCAUUUACCCUCGUCCAGACCAAGACUAUUUCAUGAAGUGUAUUAUCUCAUGCUGUAUUCAGUGUUCAGGUACUGUCUAUGAUGUGCCAAAGAUGACCUAUGGCAUUCACUGGAAUAUAAUACCUGCAUGUAUGCGAGCUUUGCCGUGUUUUCAUAGUUGGAAUUCAGCAGCAAAUCGAGCAUUUGACAUCUGCUUAUUUGUAACUAAAGUCAACUCAGAAAAACGAUAUUGUUGUUCUUCAGUCCCAGUGAAUUCACAGGUCUGCUUCAAGUAGAAUUGUUGUCUCUCAUUUGUACUGUCAGCGUGUUUGGUUGUCACCAACCAAAGUCCAAUAUUUCUAUCGACUACAACAUGCUCAGCCGCAGUGUAAAUAAUGUAAUCAUGAGUUAUGGACUUCUGAGAUGCAUUACAAACAGCCUAAUCCAUUGGCUGUCGGUGGGGACGUGUAACUUAUUUGCACUUAGAUAAACCACUUUUGCACUAGUAUCUCAGCGUGGAACUAAACAUUUUCUGUUUUGAAAUGUAAGUGCUCUGAAUGUUUAAAAGCAUAAUUUAUAUAAUAAACUGCAGAGGAAGAACUAAA